AUGAAUCUUCAAACACUCAUCAGCAUACGCAACAUUUGCGCUAUUGCUCUUUGCCUCUGGGAAAGCAGUGCGAAGACCGUCACUUACGACUUCAACGUCACCUGGGUCACCGCAAAUCCCGAUGGAUUGGCCGAGCGGAAAGUGAUUGGGAUUAAUGGCCACUGGCCACUUCCUAUCAUCGAGGUCGACAAGAACGACCGCCUGGUGGUCAACAUGUAUAACGGUUUAGGCGACAAAGAUACCAGUGUACAUUUCCACGGCAUGUAUCAGAAUGGCACCAAUAGCAUGGACGGCCUGAGUAUGGUCACGCAAUGCCCUGUCCCGCCUGGCUCGAGCAUCACUUACAACUUCACGGUUCCGCAGAAUGGCACGUAUUGGUAUCAUUGCCACACUGACUACUGCUAUCCUGAUGGUUAUCGUCAAGCCCUGAUUGUCAAUGAUGCGAAUGCCUAUUUUUACGAUCAGUACGACGAACAGUUCACGAUUACUUUGAGCGACUGGUACCACGAGAUGAUGACAGAGAUUGCACCAGACUUUAUCUCUCCAUACAACCCAGCUGGCGCAGAGCCCAUCCCGAACGCCUUCCUUUUCAAUGACACUAUGAAUACAAGCAUCCCGGUCCAGCCGGGGAAGACAUAUUUGGUGCGUCUGAUCAACACUUCUGCGUUUGUGGCUCAAUACUUCUAUAUCGAGGAUCACACCUUCGACAUUGUCGAAAUCGAUGGCAUUUAUACCGAGCCAACCCAAGCCAGUACACUCUACAUCCACGUUGCUCAGAGAUACUCUAUUCUCCUAAGAACCAAAAACGCAACCGACCAAAACUACAACAUCGUGACCGUUGCCGAUCAAGUGCUGCUUGAUGUCGUACCAAGCCAUCUAGUCCUGAACCACACCAAUUGGCUGGAAUACAAUUCUUCAGCCCCCAAGACCCAAGCGAACGUCACUCUAGAUAUCGUUAGCGGCCUUCCAGCUUUCGACGACUUCACCCUAGUCCCAUACGACAAACAGCCACUUCUCCCAGACCCCGACUACACCAUCAAUCUGCAAGUAGCCAUGCGAGAACUAGCCAACGGUCUCCCAUACGCCUUCUUCAACAACAUAACCUACACCCGACCCGACGUUCCCACUCUCUACACCGUCCUCUCUUCCGGCGACCUCGCCACCAACGCAGCCAUCUACUCACAAUACACCAACCCGUUCAUCCUCCCCAAGAACGCCGUCGUAGACGUAAUCGUCAACAACGCCGACACCGGCUCCCACCCCUUCCACCUCCACGGCCACAACUUCCAAGUCCUCGCCCGCUUCCCCUCCUACGGGCCCUCCUUCUACGCCUACAAAUCCCCCACCUCUUCAGGCGUCUCAUACGAUCCUAACAACCACCCCGCCUUCCCCUCCUUCCCCGCCCGAAGAGAUACCCUCGUCAUGCCUCCACGGGGCUACUUCGUGAUCCGCUUCAUAGCCGACAAUCCCGGCGUCUGGAUGUUCCACUGUCACAUCGACUGGCACCUAGAGCAGGGCCUGGCUGCUACAUUCAUCGAAGCUCCGCUCGAACUCCAGGCUCAGCUUUCGAUUCCGGCGGACCAUCUCGCGGCGUGCGAGGCGCGCGGUAUUAAGACUACUGGCAACGCGGCGGGGAAUGUAGAGGAUUUUUUGGAUUUGAGGGGUGAGAAUAAGCAGGCGGGGUUCAUUCCGUAUGGGAAGUUUACGGCGAAGGGGUAUGUGGCGAUGGGGGUUUCGGUUUCUUCGGCGUGUGCGGGGAUUUUGUGUUUGGCGGUUUAUGGGAUGUCGGAUGGGAAGGGUGGGAAGAAGAGUGGCGGUGGUGGUGCCGGAGCUCUCGUAACGAGUAGGGAGAAACUGACGUAG